AUGCCUACAGCUGUGUUCGACAUCAACGAAGCUCCACCCAACCCAGCACUUCACCCAGCCAUUACCUUAGCCCCUCUUGGUGGCGUGAAUCCCACCGCCAACAACAACCGUAUCUCCUGUCGUAUCGGACGGUGCGCUGUCACCUUUGGGCGCAUAGGAGAACGAAACCGACACGAGAAGAAGCAUCAGUCUCCAAAGUACAGAUGCGUCUUCUCGGAUUGCGACAAGACCUUCUACCGCGCCGAUAAGUUGCGCGAUCAUCUCAGACAAGGCCACAAAGAUGCUGACCCUCUCCUCAAUCAGUAUAUUGGACAUUCAGGAUGA